AUGCGUUUCGAUAUCACAUUCCUUGCAUCUUCGCUAGUCGCUAGCGCCUAUGCUGGUUGCUCUAAGACCACGGUCCGCCGCGAUUGGCGCUCAUUGACAGAAGCUGAGCAGUCUCACUUCAUCGAUGUUCAACAAGAGUUGUGGCGUAAGUCUGUCGACCCUGCCACGGGACUCAGCGUUUACGACACGAAUUUUACCCUUCUGCACCGUAAUAACACGCCUACAUCGCAUCAAGUCCCCGCCUUCCUACCGUGGCACCGCCUAUUCCUCCGAAACUACGAGGCAGCACUACGUACUAUUGACCCCGAAAUUUCCAUACCUUACUGGAACUGGGCCGAUGACAACACAGCUUUGAGCAAAGCUGCGAUCUUUAGCGACAAGGCCUUUGGGGGCGACGGCCAAGGGGAUGAUUACUGUGUUCAGAAUGGACGCUACGCCAACUGGACUCUCAACCUCGGGGGCCAAUUCAACGACACCAGUGUGAACGUUAGACACUGCCUCCGACGGCUCUGGAAAUACGGCCUCACAGCCCCAAGAACCCGAGAUCCCGGAUUCGCACCGGUGCCCAACAUGGAGCAGAUGAAUGGGAACGCGUCGACCCUUGCACCAAACUACGAUGCAUUUCGACGCUGGCUCGAACCGCACCAUGGCACCAUCCACCAGGGCGUCGGCGGCUUCAAGAUGGACUUUCAAGGAGACAUGACGGCCGUCGAAAACUCGCCUAACGAGCCCGUCUUCUGGCUUCAUCAUGCAUUCAUCGACAAGAUGUGGUACACUUUCCAGCAGGAGAGCGAAGAGGCCAAGAAGGCCUACGGCGGGAAACCCAAUGAGUUGGCCACAUUACCAAAAUCGAACCCUCUCUGGGAAAAUGGUGCUCACCUUGCCGACUUGAUGCCGCCGUGGAACGUUACAGUUGAGUCGGCUAUGUUUGCGGACGCUGAUGAUUUUUGCUACAUGUACGAGUGA